GGGCUCUUUAGCGUUAUCGUCGACGAGCCGAGUAAAAGCUAACGGGCUCAGGGGCGGCCUUCUCCUUCUCCUUCUCCUUCUCAUCAAAACCCUAACCCUAGCCAUUUCUGGUGCUUUCCGUCGGAUCCUCCUAAGCAUUUCCAGAUUGAUUAACAAUGGUGUUCUACUUCAAGGCUCGACCGGAAGCCGGUGACUACACCAUCUUCAUGGGCCUCGACAAGUACGAGAACGAGGAGCUCAUCAAGUACGGAUUCCCUGAGGACAUCUGGUUUCAUGUGGAUAAGAUGUCGUCGGCUCAUGUUUAUGUUAGAAUGCACAAAGGACAGACUAUCGACGAUAUAAGUGAAGGUUUACUGGAGGAUUGUGUGCAGCUCGUCAAAGCGAAUUCCAUCCAAGGAAACAAAGUGAACAGUGUUGAUGUUGUCUACACUCCCUGGUCCAAUCUCAAGAAAACUGCUUCCAUGGAUGUCGGCCAAGUUGGCUUCCACAAUCCGAAGAUGGUUCGGACUGUGAAGGUGGAGAAGCGGAUAAAUGAGGUUGUUAACAGAUUAAACAAGACAAAAGUGGAAAGGAAGCCUGACUUGAGAGCCGAACGGGAAGCUGUCAAUGCAGCAGAGAGGGCGGAAAGGAAGCUCCAGCUGAGAGAAAAAAAGCGAAAAGAGGAGAUGGAAAGACUCGAGAAAGAGAGACAGGCUGAGCUACGAAGCUACAAAGGUCUGAUGGUGGCUGAAAAUAUGACCUCGAACAAAGACAUUGGAUCGUCGAACAAGUCCUUGCAGGAACUUGAGGAGGACUUCAUGUGAUAAUUGUGGUGCUGAGAUUGCAUAUAUAAGAGGAGCAAGCUCUUUAUCAGUUCUACUUGAAAAAGCAAGGGGAAUCUGUGUGUGAUUACUGCAAGUUAAAUGACACCUAGCAAUUGAUAAUGACGAGAAGUUCGAUUACUAUCACUAUUGUUAGUAUAAUUAUUUUUGGGUUACAGGAGUACUGUCCUGGUUUCUCAACCAUUAGGAGCGAGUAAUGUUGAGCCCAAUUUUAAGAGAGAAAACCAGAUAAUUACUUGCUAUAUUAUAUGUUCAAGGUGUUAAUCGUC